AUGGUAGAUAAUACCACUGCUGAAAGCAUCAUAAGAGAAAUGGGAACCAGCCAUAGUGCAAAAUUAAAUCAACUAGUAAAACAAAUUUGGCAGUGGUGUGAAAGCCAGAAAAUAUGGAUAACGAUGGCACACAUACCAGGGGUUGAAAACUGUCAAGCAGACUUUCAGUCUCGGUCUUUCAAUUGGGGGACUGAAUGGUGUCUUAACAAAGACAUACUUACCUUGGCAUGUAACAUGCUCAGGUUUACCCCAGACAUUGAUCUAUUUGCUUCCAGAAUCAACCAUCAAUUCAAACCCUAUGUAGCAUUUAGACCAGACCCUGAAGCAAUUGCCAUUAAUGCCUUUCACAUGACUUGGGCUCAAUUUGCUUUCUAUGCUUUCCCACCAUUUAGCGUGAUAAUGCAAGUGCUACAGAAAAUCCAAGAAGAUCAAGCCUCAGGGAUCCUAGUGAUCCCAUAUUGGCCAACACAGAUAUGGUGGCCGAAAGCAAUGAACAUGGUUGUCCAACAGCCAAUUGUUUUGCCAAAAAGCAAGGAACUAUUAUCCCUCCCCAACCAACCCAACGAGAUACACCCCAUGUAUCCAAAGCUUUGCCUGCUGAUAUGCCACUUGUCGGGGAUCAGCUCAAAAAGCAGGGAUUUUCGGAUACAGCUUCAAGAGUCAUCCAAAACUCUUGGCGAACAGGGACAAAAAAGCAAUAUGCUUGCCACAUUAAGAGAUGGAUAUGCUACUGUAGUAAAAGGGAUAUUAAUCCCAUUUGUCCUGAUGUGAGAGAUGGCAUUAAUUUUCUCGCAGAACUUCUGGACUCGGGUGUCGGGUACAGUUCCAUCAACACUGCACGAUGUGCACUUUCAUCAAUAACAAACAUGUCUGAUCAUUUUAGUUUUGGUACACACCCUCUAGUGUCCAGGUUCCUGAAAGGAGUCUUCACAGAGAGACCAAGUCUGCCGAGAUACCAAGAUAUAUGGGACAUGAAUAUUGUCUUAAAUCAUCUUAAACAGUCUAAAAUUGCCAAAGAACUGUCACUGAAAGACUUGACUCUAAAGCUUGUCAUGCUAAUGGCACUUUUGUCUGGACAGCGAUGCCAGACUCUGCAAUCAUUAAGUAUUGACAGCAUGAAACUUGGUGAUGAUGAGUGUGUUUUCCACAUCAACAAACUACUGAAAACCACGAAACCUGGUUCCAAACCACUAAAACUGUGCUUUAAGGCUUUUCCUCUGGACAAACAAUUAUGUGUCCUACAUCACCUGUUGGAAUAUAUACAACGCACAAAGGGAAUCAGGGAAAACACAAAACAGCUCCUUGUGGCUCACCAAAAACCCCACAAAGCGGUCUCAACAGAUACCAUAUCGAGGUGGAUAAAAACUGUCUUACAACAGGCAAAAAUUGACAUUUCAAUAUUUAAAGCUCAUAGCACUAGAGCUGCUGCCACAUCAGCGGCAAACCUAAAUCAGGUACCGAUAGACAUUAUCAUGGCUAGUGCUGGUUGGUCAAGUGAAAAUACCUUUGCGAAGUUCUACAAAAAGCCCAUCAUUGACCAGGACACCAAUUUUGGUGAAACUUUAUUAAACUCUGUUUAUGUUAAUGUUUAAACUAACAUACUGUUAGACUGUGGCAUAUACCACACAAAUUUCUAGUUGUUACUAC